GCUUCCGUAGCGUGUCUCGUAACUUCCGCUUCCGACGGGCCGUAGGGGCAGAGACGCUUCCGGCAGCGGUGGUUGAGCUGCAGAGUCAAGAUGGGUCAAAGUCAGAGUGGUGGCCAUGGGCCUGGAGGAGGCAAGAAGGACGACAAGGACAAGAAAAAGAAAUAUGAACCGCCUGUGCCAACCAGAGUGGGGAAAAAGAAGAAGAAAACAAAGGGACCAGAUGCUGCCAGCAAGCUGCCACUGGUGACACCUCACACUCAGUGCCGGCUAAAAUUAUUGAAGCUAGAGAGAAUUAAAGACUAUCUACUCAUGGAGGAAGAAUUCAUCAGAAAUCAGGAGCAGAUGAAGCCGUUAGAAGAAAAGCAGGAGGAGGAAAGGUCUAAGGUGGAUGACCUGAGAGGGACCCCGAUGUCAGUAGGAACCUUAGAGGAAAUCAUCGAUGACAACCACGCUAUUGUGUCAACAUCCGUGGGCUCGGAGCACUACGUCAGCAUCCUGUCCUUUGUGGACAAGGACCUGCUGGAACCCGGCUGCUCCGUCCUGCUCAACCACAAGGUGCACGCUGUGAUAGGAGUGCUGAUGGAUGACACAGAUCCCCUGGUCACGGUGAUGAAGGUGGAAAAGGCCCCUCAGGAGACCUACGCCGACAUUGGGGGGCUGGACAACCAGAUCCAGGAAAUUAAGGAAUCUGUGGAGCUUCCGCUGACCCAUCCAGAAUAUUAUGAAGAGAUGGGAAUCAAGCCCCCCAAGGGGGUCAUUCUCUACGGUCCACCUGGCACAGGUAAAACCCUGUUGGCAAAAGCAGUGGCAAACCAAACCUCAGCUACUUUCUUGAGAGUGGUCGGCUCUGAACUUAUCCAGAAGUACCUCGGCGACGGGCCCAAACUCGUGCGGGAGCUGUUUCGUGUUGCUGAAGAACACGCACCAUCCAUCGUAUUUAUUGAUGAAAUUGAUGCUAUUGGGACAAAAAGAUACGACUCAAAUUCUGGUGGGGAGAGAGAAAUCCAGCGCACAAUGCUGGAGCUGCUCAACCAGCUGGAUGGGUUUGACUCGAGAGGAGACGUGAAGGUGAUUAUGGCCACAAACCGAAUAGAAACUUUGGAUCCAGCACUUAUCAGACCAGGCCGCAUCGACAGGAAGAUCGAGUUCCCCCUGCCUGACGAGAAGACCAAGAAGCGCAUCUUCCAGAUUCACACGAGCAGGAUGACGCUAGCUGAUGACGUCACCCUGGACGACUUGAUCAUGGCGAAAGAUGACCUCUCCGGAGCAGACAUCAAGGCCAUCUGCACGGAAGCUGGGCUGAUGGCCCUGCGGGAACGCAGGAUGAAAGUCACGAAUGAAGACUUCAAGAAAUCCAAGGAGAACGUCCUCUAUAAGAAGCAGGAAGGCACGCCCGAGGGGCUGUAUCUCUAGUGCCCCGCAGCCGCCCUC